AUGGCCUUCAUCAAACAGGUCGGCACCCUCAUGGGGAAGAACUUCCGUAUUCUUCUCUUCCGUCACCUGGCACUAUGUAUUUGGAUGGCCUUCAUCUUGCCAAUCUUUCUCGCUGCCUUGUUUAGUUUUACCAAAAACCUACUUGUCCCUCCCGCUAAGUUCGGAAUUGGCAAUGUCGCUCCCUUGAUGCCUCUCGACGAGGCCAUUACAAAGGCAACCAACAACGGUCGUGAGAAAUUAGUGCUCGUCAACAAUGGCAACAACGAUACAGACGUCAACCGCGUAUUCAGUUCCGUGAAAUCCAAGUUCGAAGAUGCUGCGAAAUCUGCUGAAGUCGACUUUGAGGUUGUCUUCGUUGACAAUGAGGACGAAUUAACCAACAACUGCCCAAGCAAUCUGAGAGGUGUCUCGAGAUGUUUUGGCGCUAUCGUUAUGGAGUCAUCCUCCCAAGGCAUCUGGAACUACACCAUUCGUGCCGACGGAGCUUUCGAAUAUGCCCCUGCAAAGUUCCGUGUAGACAAGGCCAAUGAUCAACAAAUCUACAUUAUGCCGCUUCAGCAUGCCGUCGACCAAGCCAUUACCCGUCUCAACAACUCAAAUAGCACGACCUUGGACGACAUCUCUGAAUAUCCCUUCACCAGCAUGACACCGGAAGAGAGAGACAGAGAGAUUAGAAGACGGUUUCAAAAGGCGAUCAUAGGCUGGAUGGGUGUGGCAUUUUUGGGCACUGUUGUUUGGGUCACCUACCACCUCACUGGGUUCAUCGCCACAGAACGCGAAAGUGGAAUGUCUACUCUGAUCGAUGCCAUGAUGCCAGUUCGGAAACCCUGGCUUGCUAUGGUGGCAAGAAUCAUUGCUCACCACCUUUCGUUCUCCCUCAUCUACCUUCCAGCUUGGGUUAUUGGCUCUGUCAUUGUCCGUGGAGGUGUCUUCGCCAAAACUAGUAUGGCUAUCGUUCUCGUCUUUCACGUCAUUGCAGGUCUCGCCUUUUCUUCUAUAUCCCUGCUAUUUGCAUCGAUCUUCAAAAAGGCCCAGCUCAGUGGUAUUACUGCCAUCUUGGUAGUUGCAAUCCUUGGCAUUGUUUCGCAGGUACUUACUUCUCCUGGAACGGUUCCUGUUACUGUACUGUCGUUUUUGUUCACCCCAUCUGCGUUCGUUUUCUUCAUCGCCGACAUGGCUCAUUUCGAAGAGGUCGAAAGACCCACCAACCUCUUCGAAUCGGCUCCAAACAGCCCUUCGGCUCUUCCAGGCAUUGUCCUCUGGGUGUUUCUAAUCAUCCAGAUUUUUGCUUAUCCGCUGAUCGGAGCCUUUAUCGAGCAUGCUCUAUUCAGCAACGAUACUCCAGGUCGCAAGAUUCUCGUGAACCAGUCCGACGUUGACCGAAUGGGUAGCAACGCUGUUCAACUGCGACAGUUCUCGAAGACGUACAACCCGAAUUUCUUUUCGAGACUUUUCCGCCGAGGCGCAAACAAGAAACAACCCGUUCGUGCUGUCAGCGAACUGGAUCUCAACAUUGGUCAAGGCCAAAUCAUCGCCCUCCUCGGUGCCAACGGAAGUGGAAAGAGUACAACACUCGAUGCUAUCUCGGGCAUGAAUAAGUUGACGAGUGGAUCGAUCGAAAUAGAUGGCCGGGGCGGUCUUGGAAUAGCCCCUCAGAAGAAUGUGAUUUGGGAUGAUUUGACGGUAGAAGAGCACAUUCGCAUUUUUAACCACCUCAAGGCACCAAACGACAGAGCCGACGCUCACCAAAUCGAAGAACUUAUCAGAUCCAUCGAUCUUUACGCCAAGCGAAAUGCUUUUGCCAAAACACUAUCGGGUGGACAGAAACGAAAGCUCCAACUCGGACUCAUGUUGACCGGUGGCAGUGCUGUAUGCUGUGUUGACGAAGUCAGCAGUGGCAUCGAUCCCCUUUCCAGAAGAAAACUCUGGGACAUUAUUUUGGCUGAACGUGGAAGGCGUACCAUGAUCUUGACUACUCACUUCCUGGACGAAGCCGAUCUUCUUGCCGACUAUAUCGCCAUCUUGUCCAAGGGCACUCUUCGCGCCGAAGGCUCUUCUGUAGAGCUAAAGGAUAGAAUGGGCGGUGGGUAUCGGGUUCAUGUUCCCAAGGAUAUCGGUGUUCGUGAAACUCCUGAUAUCGAUGGGGUUGUGAAGAAGGAUGCUUUUGAUCUUAUCACAUACACCGCCCCAUCAUCGCAACUUGCUGCUGUUGUCAUCAAGAACCUUGAGGCUGCCGGCGUGGGCGAGUAUCGGUUCUCGGGGCCAACAAUUGAAGAUGUUUUCCUUCAGGUUGCCGAAGAGAUCAAAGAUGAAGAAGCUUUCCGUAAUAACAACCAAGCUCUAUCUGUACCCUCAACCGAGAAAAUGUCAUCAAAGGAGAACAGCAUCGAGAAGCCAGGGCUGGAGCUUACGAACGGACAACGCAUUGGAUACGCAAAGCAGGCUAUGAUCCUCUUCCGCAAACGCUUAACGAUUCUUAAGAGAAACCGACUCUUGUACUUGUUCGCCUUUCUUCUACCCAUAUUUGCCGCCGGGUUGACGGCAAUCUUUGUUAUGGACGAGACAACACCCAGUUGUCAACCGGCAGACCAAGCCUCGCGAACCACUUCUCGACAAGACAUUUUCAGCCAACGUGAAGCUGGAGAGCAAAUAUACUUCCUGAUGGGACCGACGGAGAAGUUUAUCGCGUCUGGAUUCAGUAACCUCAGCUCCGCUUUAUUUCCUGGUAUUCCUGAAGACAACGUUAUCAAGGUUGAUACUUUCCAGGAGUUUAAGGACAGUAUUGCAAGUGGCCGGAAGAUAAUCACUACUGGUUUCUGGCUUGGAGACGACAAGCAAGGUCCUACCUUUGCUUGGGUUGCUAAUCUCUUCAUCUCGAGCCCCAUCCAAGCACAGCAGAUCUUGGAUGUAUUAUUGACCAAGACAAUAAUCUCCACAACAUGGAGCAACCUGGAAAUUCCUAUCAGCCCCUCUACAGGCGACUCACUCCAGAUGAUCGUGUACAUGUCGAUUGCGCUUUCGGUCUACCCAGCCUUCUUCGCCCUGUAUCCAAGCAAUGAACGACGAAAGUAUGUCCGUGGUCUUCAAUAUUCAAACGGUGUUCGGCCAUUUCCGCUUUGGAUCGCAUACCUUCUGUUCGACCUCAUCAUAGUCUUUCUUGCCACAAGUAUUGCAGCAGCAAUUUGGGUUGGCGUGUCCGACAUUUGGUUCCACCUAGGAUACGUUUUUCUCAUCCUAUUCCUCUACGGAAUAGCCUCGACACUUUUCGCAUACAUUGUUUCACUGUUCACCUCAACCCAAUUGGGGACGUUCGCCUGGGCUGCGGCGAGUCAGACCCUUGUAUUUGUUGUGUACAUCGUCGCAUACAUGUCUGUUUUGACGUAUACGCCUGUAACCAAAGUUGACAGUACUCUGCGUCUUGUCACCUUUCUCAUCUCUGCGUUUGCGCCUAUCGGCUCAGCAUUGAAGGCCUUAUUUAUUGCCACGAACCUCUUCUCUACGGCCUGUGACGAUACCGAGCUGACAGCCAAUCCAAGCGGUAUUCUCUACUAUGGUGGACCUAUUCUGUACCUUAUUCUUCAAUCGAUCAUUUUCUUCGGCCUCUUGAUUUGGCUCGAUACAGGAUCAGCUGGAGCCUCGAUCAGAGGUCUGCUCCAUGGAAAAAAGAAAGACACCGACUCAGACGAGGAACAAAUCGACGAAGAUAUCAUCAGCGAGCGCAACAAGGUCACCAAAAAUGCAGAGAAUGAGCACGGCCUUCGAGUUAUGCAUCUUACGAAGAGCUUCCGGAACAACACAGCUGUGGACAAUGUCACUUUCGGUAUCCGGCGUGGUGAAGUGUUUGCACUUCUUGGACCCAACGGUGCUGGAAAGUCCACCACAAUUUCCCUUAUUCGCGGCGACAUCAAGCCUGACCGAAAUGGUGGUGACGUGUUGGUGGAGGACAUCUCAGUCAACAAAAACCUUGCUGCUGCUCGUGCUAACCUGGGUGUGUGCCCUCAAUUUGAUGCUAUGGACCAGAUGACAGUGCGUGAACACCUCGAAUUCUAUGCCAAGGUCAGAGGCAUCGAGGAAGUUGAGCACAACGUGAGGGCAGUUAUGCAAGCAGUGGGACUCGAGUCUUUUGCUACCCGAAUGGCGCAUGCUUUGUCAGGAGGAAACAAACGAAAACUAAGUCUCGGUAUUGCUUUGAUGGGCAAUCCUACAGUCGUGCUACUCGACGAACCUUCUUCUGGUUUGGACGCAGCCUCCAAGCGUGUCAUGUGGAAGACUCUGGAAGCCACCGUCCCUGGAAGAUCGAUUCUCCUCACAACGCACAGCAUGGAAGAGGCUGAUGCACUUGCGGGUCGGGCUGGUAUUCUCGCACGAAGAAUGCUUGCACUCGGAACACCAGAUAAUCUGCGCCAUCGGUUUGGCGACGCUUUGCACAUUCACUUAGUCUCGAGCACUGCUCCACGCACAAAUGAUGAAGAGAUGGCACGAAUCACGGACUGGAUCCGCCAAACCUUGCCAUCUGCUGAUGUUGAUGAAAAGACAUACCACGGCCAAAUACGAUUUUCGGUCCGUGCUGGUCAAGUCCUUGCAGCAACAUCGGGCCGUAGUGAGGAAGAGAUCACAAGCAAGGAUGCAGAUCUCAGCCAGAGCGCUAUUGGACAUCUGGUAGUGUUGCUGGAGGAAAACAAGCAGAAACUAGGUGUUGGCCAUUAUAGCGUUAGUCCGACGACGUUGGAUCAAGUUUUCCUCAGUAUCGUGGGGCAACAUAACGUCAAGGAAGAAAACUCGGAAGAAAAGACGGUCAGUAUUUGGAGAAAGAUAUGGAUGUUUGGGAGAUCAUACGUGGUGCGUGCCUUUCUUAAGUGGAGGCAUGCAACCUGA